GUUGCGAUAAGCUGUUUGGACUUCGGUAUUACUAGUUGGUCUGAUUAGAAUUAGAAAUGGCAUCUCUACUAGCAGCGCGCGGCACCUUUGUGGCCAGGACUUCUGCUCCGGUCAAGUGCGUGGCGUCUAUGCGGAGCGCUAUGACCAGCCGUGCAAUUAUGCCUUUUACGCCUCGUGUAGCACAGACGAGCUCCUUCCUGGGUGGCUCUUUCGCUGGCAGCAGCCUGGUUCGCGUGGCGCCUGCUCGCGGUAGCCUGCUGGUGAUGGCAAAUGCAAAGAAAUCUAUUGCUUGCACAAAGGAGGGCACCAACAGGAAGCGCCGGCGGACGUCAGGCUUCAGGACGCGUCUCGCAACCAAGAAUGGACGCAAGGUCCUUAAGGCCCGCCGGGCUAAGGGCCGCCACUCCAUCUGCCCUGCUUCGGAGCGCAAGUCUGGCGGCAAGAAGUAAAUAGAUGCGCGGGGUCGACUGGAGCUUUGGCUCGUUUUUGAGAAGCAUGAGGACCUCAAAAGAGGCAGCGGCAGUUUUGACUAGUCUAGCCGCGUGCCUGGGACGUACAUGAUGUGACGUUGCUGGGGGCAGGGGUGAAGGCUUGGGGAAAUGCGACUCUGGGAGAUUGUUGGGAUUCGGCUCCCAAAUCAAGCUGCUGGGGGGCUUGCUGGGUUUGGGUUCGAUGUCCUCCUGAGGCUUGCAUGCUGGUUUGGGAUGUAGAUAUAGGGAAGUCAGGUUGUAAGGGUUUUGUGGACUGUUAAGGCUGCUGACGUUUACUUGACUGAUGUGGUCAAGGGUGUGAGUGACAGCUGACCAUGUCUUUCAGGGUGGCUGUAGAAAUUCAGCUGAUCUCACUUCCGCGGGUUGCGGUUCUGGGGAUUGCCUGGGAAUGUUUGAAGGUGUGAGGUACAUGUCCAUUUUGCCGCGGAUAUGUAAGGGCCUACACACCUGGUUCAUGGGUGACAUCGCUCGGGUUGCGAGGUUGUGCAGGCGGCAGUGGCAGCGACGGAAUGCCCAGUGAAAUUAUUUGGUUACACAAGCUACGGAGCGUUCAGAAACCACCCUCAGCCCGAGACCAUCAAAGCCAGACCGAACCCGAGGCCAGGUCACACCGAAAGCCGGGCAAUGCCCGGCCACUGGAAAGCGCUAUUUUGGCAUCCGAGGCGGCAUCACACAUCAUGGGCUACACCCGCAUGUGCUUGCUGCACAGCGCAUGUCAGUUGCUGCCUUUCCAGCAUGCACAGCCCGUGCAUGUAAAUCACACCCUUUCAACUUCCGUAUGCAGCGC